CCAGAGUCCUCGCCCCGACUCUGGCGACAGCGCUGAGGGCGGGCCCCUCGCGCCCCAGCUCGCCCCCUCCCUGCACAAGGCGCGGCGGCCGAGGAGGCCCACGAGCCGUCCCCGCGGGAACCCGCCGGGCGAUGGGGACCCUCCUCGCGUCCGGCCAGUCCAAUACAACGUCUCGCUCUCCAAAAUCGUUUUUAAUUUUUAAACGAUAUUUGGCUUAGGAAGACUCCAUAAAGUUAGGCAAAUCUGGAGUCUAAAUUAAGACUCCGGGUACUAGGGCAUGUCCCGGGGUCACGGAGAACGCCUGGCGGCCACAGUACGAUCAAAUCGUGGCUUGCCGAGCGGCCUCUGAGAAAUUUAACUCCGGCAAUUUGUGAUGAAGUCUCAGCACCUGGGGUCUCAUUUGCCCCGGAAUCCGCUUUCCUCUGCGUUUAAGAAAAUGUUCGCGUGCGUCUGGCGCAGGAUGAGCGCUGAUAACCGAAAGAUGCCAUUGGACCGCGCUGGGUGGGCGCCGAAGGCACCUCGGGUACCCAGCACCACAAGACCAGGAAGUAAUCCAUCAUCCCGGGCCAACCCAGGCGCUUCCUUACUCUCCCUGGAAGGUUCUAGACCUCCCAUUUCAGCCCCAGGGGCCGGCAGGGGAGCCCUGGCCUGGCAGGCGCAGCGCCUUUAAGGACCCGACCUACCGGUCAGGUGACCAGGCCGUCGCUUAGCAACAGGACGCCGCGCCGACCCGCGGGGCCCCGGCUGCGGAGAGGCUGUUUCCUGCCUUCUCUUUCUUCCCCGACUCAGCAGCUCGGGUGGACGGAGGCGAAAUGUCGGACGGGAACCCCCAAGAGUGCGCCGAGCCCGUGGAGGCCAAGGCCCAGGCCCCCCCGGAGAAAACCAGCGACUACUACUGUGUACACGAGGACCUGCCGGUCAGGUUCAACAACCCCGCGUGGUUUCGGGGCUACAGGAGCAAGGAGCCCGCCUCAGUGUACAGGACCAGUAACCAAACUUACGGGAGCCGGGCCCCCACGGUGCAUGAGAUGCCGAAAGUAUUUUAUCCAAAUUCGAAUAAAUUUUCCAGACAACUUGCAGCAGGUGGAAUGUUCCAGAACAAUACUUUCAACGUCUUCAUGGAGAAGAGCAUCGUGACGGGUCCCGACAACUACAUCACCUCCUACGACCGGCUCAACUUCCACCCCAGUUACAACGUCAACAAGCCGUCCAUCUGCCACUGAGGGCGGCUGGAGAACCACUCCCGGGUCCUGACUCCAGCAGUGGCCACCUGGAGAAGUGUCAUCCCGGAUCUUUGAUAAUCUGCCCAACUGUAAAGAUGCGGCCUUCAGCCUUCAGUGCUUUCCCUGAAAGUAUUUUUCCUCUCUAGAUCAGAAAAGUAUGCAAACGGGGCUGUAAUGUCCUGCUUUCUCUAUUUUACAUCUAGAUGGAAAAGAUGCUCACGCUUGAGUUUCCAUUAAAAGUGCUGCCACACCCUGAA